AUGCUCAGAAACACGAUAAAGUGUACCCAAUCGUCGCCUAAAUACAGAUUAAACAAUACUAUACGUACAUUCAUGAAUUAUCAACCACAGUUAAAUAGCGCUGCUGCUCCUUCUGUGCUCUUUACGGUUCAGGAUACAGCCAGGGUCAUCACACUAAAUAGGCCGAAGAAGCUCAAUGCUCUAGACACCAAAAUGUCGGAAUCUAUGUUCAAGACUUUAAAUGAAUUCGCUAAGAGCAGCACUACCAACUUAAUCAUUUUAAAAUCAUCCAAUCAGCCACGGUCGUUCUGUGCCGGUGGUGAUGUGGCUACUGUCGCAACAAACAAUCUUAACAAAGAGUUUGCCAAAUCUAUCAAGUUUUUCACCGACGAAUAUUCUUUGAAUUUUCAAUUAGCAACUUAUUUGAAGCCGAUUGUCACGUUCAUGGAUGGUAUCACGAUGGGUGGUGGUGUUGGUCUAUCUAUUCAUACGCCCUUUAGAAUUGCCACUCAAAACACAAAGUGGGCCAUGCCUGAGAUGGACAUAGGCUUUUUUCCAGAUGUGGGUUCAACUUUUGCCCUCCCUAGAAUCGUGACGUUAGCUAACUCAAACUCACAGAUGGCUUUGUAUCUAUGUCUCACAGGAGAAAUUAUUAAUGGAGCAGAUGCGUAUAUGCUUGGUUUAGCAUCACAUUACGUUAGCAGUGAAAACCUAAACGCUUUGCAAAAAAGAUUGGGUGAAAUUAGCCCUCCUUUCAAUAACGAUUCGCAGUCUUCAUAUUUCUUUGAAAUGGUCAACGAAUCAAUCAAUGAAUUUGUAUCACCAUUACCGAAAGAUUAUGUUUUCAAAUAUUCCAACGAGAAGCUCAACGUAAUUGAAGUUUGUUUUAACUUGUCAAAAAAUGGUACCAUUGAGGACAUAAUUGAUAACUUGAAUCAAUAUGAAGGUCCGGUUGAGGGUAAGAUUUUUGCACAAGAAAUUAAAACAAAAAUCUUAACGAAAUCGCCAUCCUCUCUGCAAAUUUGCUUGAGAUUGAUGCAAGAGAACUCUAGAGAUCACAUAGAAUCGGCUAUCAAAAGAGACUUAUACACAGCAGCUAAUAUGUGCAUGAACCAGGAUUCCUUAGUGGAAUUUUCAGAAGCCACUAAGCAUAAACUUAUCGAUAAGCAAAAGAUCCCGUAUCCAUGGACCAAGAAGGAACAAUUAUUUGUAUCUCAGUUGACAUCUAUCACGUCGCCUAAACCAUCAUUACCAAUAUCGCUACUAAGAAAUACCUCGAAUGUUACUUGGACCCAGUACCCCUAUCACUCGAAAUACCAAUUGCCAACAGAACAGGAAAUUGCUGCAUAUAUUGAAAAGAGAACAAAUGAUGAUACUAGCGUUAAAGUUACCGAGAAUGAAGUAAUAGAUCACUUUGCCAAUGCGAUUCCUUCUAGAAGAGGGAAACUGGGCAUUCAGUCACUAUGUCAGCUUGUUUGUGAAAGAAAAUGUGAAGAAGUCAACGAUGGCUUGAGAUGGAAAUAA